AUGAAAUGUAAUUUUUGCAAAAAACCAACAAGUUAUUGUUGUUCGAGAUGUAAAAUUAAAUAUUAUUGCAGUAAAUCAUGUCAAAAGAAAGAUUAUGCAAAUCAUGUUCUGGUCUGUCCUCAAAGAUCAGCAGACAUUCUUGUUAAAAGUGUUUUUCGUGAUCUCAUACCUACGAAAAAUGCAGUAUUAUAUGAAUAUGGAUUUUACAACUGCGUUAUCUGUCAAGAUCGAAUAAUGCUUUUUGGCUUGUACGCUGAUUUUAUAAAACUUAUAGAUUGUAGCGCCUCUCAAUUACAUUCAUGGUGGGAAAAUGGUGAGCUACUAAUUAACAUUAAAAAAGUAUAUGAUGAUGGUGGCUAUACCAGCGGAUACUAUAAAUGGUUUUUAAAAAAUGAACACUUAUUACAAGGUUUGCGUAAAUACGAGGGUAUAAAAUCCGAUAAUCAAAUAGCAGAUAAUCUUUCGAAUAAGUUUCACUCACUUAUCAAACCGUAUCUUUCCAAACAUGAUCAAACAAUUCUUUUUAAAUCUCUUCCAGAACCAAAAAAUUAUAUUUGUACUUUCUACUUAACCAUACUUACAGGGUAUCUUCCAAGGAUUGAACAAAAGCUUUGGAUUGACUUUGGGUUUUGUUCUUGUAGAAUACAUGGUAAAUACAAUUAUGAUAAUUCCUAUAAAGAAGGUAUUUAUGAGCACGUAAGACCUAUAGCUGGAAAUAACGAUUUGUCAGAAGAAGCUCGAUUGAAAAACUUGUAUUGGGAGCUUAUAGUUCAAAAAGGUUGCAUGGUCGAUGAGUUUACUGAUGCCUACGUAUCUGGAACAGUACUAGAUUUGUUAAAGAAAAAAUGUGAUAACACUAGUUGGUUAUCAGCAAGUAAGAUAGAGACAAUUGGAUAUAACCAACCAAAUAAGAGUGUCUAUAAUCUCGAGCAAUAUAUUCUAAGUGAAGCCGUGGGUUUGAUACCUUCAGUGAGGGUUGAUUAUGGUUUUUUCAAUUGCCGCACAAAAGAUGAGGAAAAACAGCUUAAAAAUAUGUAUAAAAAAUUGUUCCUUACUCCUCAAUUUGAUGCACAUAGUUUACACAAGGCCUGCAUAACAGGAAAACUCUUUAAAUAUAUUAGUUCUAUUCUUCCUAAUGAUGUAUUAAGAGCUGAUCUUUUGAGAAAUCCAUAUCCUUUAAAAGAAAUAGAUUAG